UUUGCUGUCAUUGCUGUGCGCUGCGCUCGUGUCCUCGUGUGAUGUAAACAUUUCUACACAAGUUGCGUUUAGCAUUUUGUUCUAAUGUGUAUUUAUGUAUUUUAGUCUUAUUACACACUAAGUGAAUCUUUAGUGAUGUUUACUUGUGCAGUUACACAGCGGUUCGGUCACGCUGUGCGUGUGGGUUCAGGUCAGGGAUGUUCAAGACUCUUCAGCAGCAGGGCUUUGAUCUCUCAGGCUCUCCGAACAUUUUCAGAUGCUUCUGCAACUUCUAAAAACUUAAGUAAACCUAUAAAGCAAUGGGACUUAUUAGUUAAUCCUUUCACAAAGGUAAAAUGUAAUUUAGGCUGUAAUAUAUCCAUAAAAUCACUGGACCCACAUGCUUUUCCUGAGGCUGAUCGGGCAUUUAUUAAUGUUCACGUCACAGAUGCGAAUCAAACUCCUAAUGUGAACGGGUUUCAUGUUCAUUAUAAUGAUCAAACCAAUGAACUUCAGAUUUUGGCAGAUGAGGUGGAUAGCAGUGUCACUGUGGAACUGACAGCACCUGUUAAAUGUGAUCUCUACAUCAAAACUAAAGACCAAGGGAAUGUCAAGAUCCAGAACAUGGAGAGUGACCUCUGCCACAUUCACACAGAGAUAGGACACUGUGUCCUAAAGUCUGUCAAGGGUCAUGAGGUUCAAGUUCAGUCCACAGGAGGAAAUGUCACUGGACUUAAGACCAUACAUGGGAACGUCGAUAUCAGCACAUGUUUGGACAGUAAUAUCGAUAUCAUGAAAAUUCAGGGAACCACCAUGAAUCUCUCCACAUUACAUGGGGAUCUGAAAGUGAAGGCCAUCUAUGGUGAAUCCACCUCAGUGUUCACUUCCUCUGGGAACAUCCAGAUUGGCCAUGUACAUGGUGAAGCUCUUGUGCAAAGUGAAACAGGAAACAUUGUUAUUGACAGCUCAAGUGGUGCCCUGAAGGUGUUUACUGCUUCUGGAAACAUUGAUGCAUAUGUGGGCCAAGAUGGAACAGCAGAACUUCGCAGUCAACAAGGUGCUGUGAGUGUGCGUGUGCCGUCCACUAUGAAAGCUGCAGUGCACUUGUCCGGAAACUCUGUUAGCAUUAGCUCAGAGAUAGUUAGCUCAUAUCAAGAGACUGAACGUACAUCAGCUGAUGGGAAAACAACAGUCACAGCUAAUUUGAAUAAUAGCACACAUGAGGAUCGAUGGAUUAAAGCCACUGCUGAAAAAGGUGCUGUCAACCUGAGAACCCAGAGCUGGUUUGAGACCCUCAGACUUGGAGCUCAGAGUUAAAACCUACAAGCGCCUGGGACCAGCUCCAGAACUGACAAAACCCUCCUUUAUACAGGAAAUUUCUACUAGAUCUUGCAUAUAUCUGUCCAACAAGACACUUCACAUAUAGCUAUAGUGAGAUACAACAGCGUCUUGACUGAACAGUGGGUGAAUGCAUCUAAAUGACUUGUUUGACACAUGAAAGAAAUAAACCAUUUAGUUUUAAAGCACUUAUUACUUUUGGUAAAAGCUUCUACAUAAAUUGCACCAUACAGUAUGCAUAUUAUAGAAUACUUACACCACUGUUCAAAGCACUGGGUUGCAAUAUAUGGUGAAAACUGUAAUAUUGUAAAAUAUUAUUACAAUUUAAAGAACUUUUUUCAAUCUGAAUAUAUUUUAAAAUGUCAUUUGUUUCUGUGAUGCAAAGUCAUUACUCCAGUCUCCAGUGUCACAUGAUCCCUCAGAAAUCAUUCUAAUAUGCUGCUCAAGAAACCAUUUUUAUUAUUAUCAGUGUUGAAAACAGUUGAGCUGCUUAAUAUUUUUUUUCUGUUCAGAAGAACAGUAUUUAUUUGAAAUAUAAGUAUUUUGUAACAUUUUAUUUGUCUUUACUGUCACUUGAUAAAUUUAAUGUGUACUUGCUGAAUGAUUUUAUUUAUUUAUUUCAACAACUUUUGGUAGUGUAUGCUCACAGACUUUUUUGUGAAAGAAAUUUUAAUGAAUUUAAUUUGAAAUUUCUAUGAUGAUAAAUGUCAUGUAUGUGUAUGAUCUAUGCUUAAUAUUUGCAAGUUACAUUUACCAUCAAAAGUUUACAUACAACUUGCAGAAUCUGCAAAAAAGUUAAUUAUUUUACUGAACUAAGAAGGAUCAUACAAAAUGCAUGUUAUUUUUAUUUAGUACUGACCUGAAUAAGAUACUUCACAUAAAAGACAUUUGCAUAUAGUCCACAUGAGAAAAUAAUAGUUGAAUUUAUGACCCUGUUUAAAAGUUUACAUGCACUUGAUUCUUAAUACUGUGUUGUUACCUGAAUGAUCCACAGCUGUUUUUUUUUUUGUUUAGUGAGUCCCUUGUUUCUCCUGAACAUUUAAACUGCCUGCUGUUCUUCAGAAAAAUCCUUCAGGUCCAAUAAAUUAUUUUGGUUUUUCAGCAUUUUUGUGUAUUUGAACCAUUUUCAACGACUGUAUGAUUUUGAGAUCCAUCUUUUCACACUGAGGACAACUGAGAGACUCAUAUGCAACUAUUACAGAAGGUUCACACUGUCACUGAUGCUCCAGAAGAAAAACGAUGCAUUAAGAGCUGGGGGUGUAAACUUUUGAGCAGAAUAAAGAUGUGUACAUUUUUCUUAUUUUCCCAAAAUUUUUCCCGAUUUUUUCAUUUACUACUGCCCUUCAGAAGCUACAGAAGAUACUUACAUGUUUCCCAGAAGACCCAGAAUAAGUUCAGUUUAACCUUGAUCUUCAAAUUCCAAAAGUUUUCACCCACCCAGAAGAUAUGGAAUAGUUGAAUAUGAGUCCCUCAUUUGUUCUCAGUGUGACAAGAUGGACUUCAAAAUCAUAGUCAUUGUCGGAAAGGAUACAAAUACACCAAAAUGCUGAAAAACCAACAAAUUUUUGGGACCUGAACAACAGCAAAUAGUCUAACUGUUCAGGACAAACAAGAAACUCAUGAACAACUAUCACUACACACACAAAAAAACACAGC